AUGAAUCGUGACCGGAAGUCAGACCUCGCGACGACAGUGACGACUUCUAACGAAUGGGAGAAGAAGGAGAACGACAUCAACCUGGUCAGGGACGAGGUUCCCGCCGUCCGCAACGGUUACGCCCAGUUGCCUCUUUUUGUCCUUCCAUCUUUCUGGAUCGGAGUCAAGCUGAAGGUUUUCCAAGGGAUCAGGAGUUCCGACUUUGCCCGAAAUUGGUUUGGAGGGACCCUAGAAAAUGAAAAAAAAAGCUGAACGUGAGAGCUCUAGAUUUCUAUCAAGGGCUUCUGGAAAUUUUCUUGGCCCAAGUUUUGGAUUGAAGCUUGAAGUUUAUGGACUAACCAGGAGGGACUUUUAUAAUGACUAGGUGAUUCAAAUGAAGGCCUUUUCCUGAAUUUAGCUGUUCCAGGCUUUACUGGACACUUAGUGGAUCUCUUGAAAAAAAAGCUCCAAGUUUCCAAAGAAGGUGUAAACCAAGAACUUCCUUAUAAGUGGCAAUCGACGAGUUAGGACUGGAAAGGGUCACUUGUGACAGGUCUGACUGGUGAAAGUUGACUCUUGAGGAUUGGGUGGUGCAGAAACUCAAUGGAUUGAUGGAUGAGGCUGGAUAA